AGGACGCGAAAAAGAAUCUACAACACAAAAUGAAAGUGGCGUUUCAAAACGUUAAGGGCAAAAAAAAGAGAGGACCAAGCUUAGAUGUGAACUUGGGUAGUCUUUUUGCAGCAGCCAAGACCGAAACACUAUAGUAACCGAGAGCAUCAGUAACAACUAUUAAUCGUCAAUUGAAAGAAAGAUCAGAAAAUAAUAUACAACCUGAUAAUAUGGAACCUGAGAAUGCGACAGCGGAAGAAGCCAUAUCAGAAGAAGAUUUAAAUGAGGAAAAUUCAACAACAAAUAUUAUGACACAGCAAGUACAACCCGACGAUUAUAUUCUUGAAAAUGGAUUCAACAUAUUAACACAUUUCAGACAGCUCAAUUUAGAAUCAAACAAAAAAUCAAAAGAGUUAGGGUUCUACAUCGAUGGAGAUUUACAUCAAAUAUUGUCCUUGUCUCACGUGCUAUUACUUAAAGAGAAUGAGCAUGACAAAAGUGUAGUAAAAAGUUUUGGACUUGAAAACUUAAAUACUCUACACAAAAAUUUACUUCAGAAAUACGUUGAUAAAGAUUCAGUAAUGGAAACAACAACAUUCAACAGCAUUGUAUCGGUAUUAUGGAAUCUGUUUUUUAGAGAUUAA